AUGUCUGCAGUUCUGCACAUUCGCCACCGCAUCGCCAAUAUGAUGCGGGACAGGGCUUUUGGCAAACCGAAUGCUCUUGAUGAGGUCGAUACAUCUGAGAUGGCAGAUGAAGCCCCGAUGUUUCGAUGGCUAAUGCAUUCUCCUGUAAUAGCCAUUGCGGGGAUCGUCAGGUUUGACAUCGACUUCAUGAAGCAGUCGAUAUUAAAUAAGCGAGAUAGGUAA